AUGACGCACAGGUAUUGGCCUGCUCUGGAUUGCCAAAAGACUAACUGUCUUGUAUGUUUUUUCCCAGCAGAAUACUCACAAGGACCUAUCCCAACAUUGUGGAAUGAUCCCCCAGAGCUGCCAUCAGGUGGAGGACCUUUAGAAACCAGCCCCCCUGCUCGCUUCUCAGAUUCUACAGGAUUUCCACCAUAUACAUCUGAUUAUGAACUAGAGGACACAACCCACUUCCACCAGCUGGAUAAUGGAAAUGGGUCUCUGGGUCCUGGGGCUAUCGGUGCCAUAGUGAUUGCUGCUCUGCUGGGCACGUCUGUGAUUGUGGCCUUGAUUGUCAUCACUCUACGAAAAUGUUCUGCUUCCUAAAAUCAAUAAAAAGUGGUUUCCUCCCUAAGUAUACUCUUGUCCAAUCUCCCUUUUUCCUCUGUGCUUGCAUAUUUUGUGGGCAGAACAGGAAGAACAAAGGCACACCUGCAUUUCCGAGGGCAGUCUGCCCUUAAGCCACCUUGAACCACAGCCACUGUGCCUCUUCCCCUUUAGACAAAAGGGCUUUGAAAAUAUGGAGUUUAAUGAUUGCACAGUUGGGCGUAGGGAGGGAGGUACAUCUAGACUGACUGAGAAGCUGCUGCAAGCAUCAAGUUCCUGACCAGAAGAUGUUUGCACCACCAAAUAUGGUGAAGCACAUGCAUUAUUGAAAGGCCACAUUACGUUCAUGCAUGCACUCAAAAGCAUAGAUCCAAACUGACUAUGAAGGCUUGACUGCUAUAGCAAAAAUAAAACCAUAACCAGUGGCUUAGCUUUUGAUUCCUGAAAUAUUA